GUCAUUAUGCUUUUGGUCUCAGAAAUGAUCUCUUUUUCUGGGAGAAAGAAAUGAAGGGGGGAACUGAGCCCUACCAUUAGGGGGACAUGAGAUCUGAAGGGUGUCGGGAAGCUGACGUCAGAGCCACCUGGCUCCUGGCCCAGCGGGGACUGUUUCCCACGUUCUGUGGCUCUCUCCCUGGCCCCUGAUUUCUUGUGGUGUCCAACUUUUCCUUUUGGACUUGCUUAAGGUCAUGGCCAGGUGGCCGGAGAAAAAAUGGAAGAAGCACUGCUGGGCCAAGCUAAGGGAACUGGGGUCCCACUAGGGAAAAGCCGCUUUCCAAAGGAGCUUCUACAAGAACAGACACUGCCCCAUCUGAAGGUCGGCUCCGGGUCCUGCAGCACAGGGGCUGAAGGGGCCCUUGCCUCUCAAGUUGGAGGUCACAGCUUGUUGCCAAGGAUGAGGUCCAGCCGGCUCUCUGGCAUGCCCUUGGCCAUCAGCCCCUUGGGUCUCCUCAUGGCCCUGCUUCUGGGCUGCCUGGCUGAAGAAUCCCCCAGGUUCAUCAAGGAGCCCCGAGAUCAGAUUGGGGUAUCAGGUGGUGUGGCUUCCUUCGUUUGCCAAGCCACUGGAGAUCCCAAGCCACGGGUGACUUGGAACAAGAAAGGCAAGAAGGUGAACUCCCAGCGGUUUGAGACUAUCGAGUUUGAUGAGAGUGCCGGUGCGGUGCUUCGGAUCCAGCCCCUGAGAACACCCCGGGAUGAGAAUGUGUAUGAAUGUGUGGCGCAGAAUCCCAUCGGGGAGAUCACCGUGCAUGCGAAACUCACUGUCCUCCGAGAGGACCAGCUGCCCCCUGGCUUUCCCAACAUUGACAUGGGCCCCCAGCUGAAGGUGGUGGAGCGCACAAAAACUGCCACCAUGCUCUGUGCGGCCAGUGGAAACCCAGACCCCGAGAUCACCUGGUUCAAAGACUUCCUCCCGGUGGACCCAAGCACCAGCAAUGGCAGAAUCAAGCAGCUGAGAUCAGAGACCUUUGAAAGUACUCCGAUCCGAGGUGCCCUGCAGAUCGAGAGCAGCGAGGAGACGGACCAAGGAAAAUACGAGUGCGUGGCCAACAACAGCGCGGGAGUGCGCUACUCGCCCCCCGCUAACCUUUACGUGAGAGAGCUACGAGAAGGUUGGUGUGUUUUUUUCUUUUUUACGUUCUCUACCCACAUUUUUACAUUCUUAAGACAAACAAACAAACCAAAAAAGUCAAUCAAUCAAUCAAUCAAUCGAGUUGUGCAGAAAGCCAGUGUUCCUGCCCCCAGCCUGGCCCCCCCAUGGAUCACGGUGAAGUCCCUCCCCAAGGCCCCCGGAACCCCAGUAGUGACCGAGAACACGGCCACCAGCAUCACCAUCACCUGGGACUCGGGCAACCCCGACCCCGUGUCCUAUUAUGUCAUUGAGUACAAGUCCAAGAGCCAGGACGGCCCUUACCAGAUCAAGGAGGACAUCACCACAACCCGCUACAGCAUUGGGGGCCUCAGCCCCAACUCGGAGUAUGAGAUCUGGGUGUCGGCCGUCAACACCAUUGGGCAGGGCCCCCCCAGCGAGUCGGUGGUGACCCGCACCGGGGAACAGGCCCCCGCCAGCGCGCCGCGCAACGUGCAGGGCCGCAUGCUCAGUGCCACCACCAUGAUCAUCCAGUGGGAGGAGCCCGUGGAGCCCAACGGCCUGAUCCGUGGCUACCGGGUCUACUACACCAUGGAGCCCGACCACCCCGUGGGGAACUGGCAGAAGCACAAUGUGGACGACAGCCUCCUGACCACUGUGGGAAGUCUGCUGGAGGACGAGACCUACACCGUCCGAGUCCUGGCCUUCACCUCCGUGGGGGACGGACCCCUCUCGGACCCCAUCCAGGUCAAAACGCAGCAAGGAGUGCCCGGACAGCCCAUGAACUUCCGGGCAGAAGCUAAGUCUGAGACCAGCAUCAGCCUGACCUGGAGCGCCCCCCGGCAAGAGAGUAUAGUGAUGUAUGAGCUGCUCUACCGGGAAGGAGACCAUGGCAAAGAGGUAGGGAAAAACUUUGGCCCCACAACCUGGUUCGUGGUGGAGGACCUGAAGCCCAACACAGAGUACACCUUCCGCCUGGCAGCCCGCUCCGCACAAGGCCUGGGGGCCUUCACCUCGGAGGUCAGGCAGCGCACUCUCCAGUCUAAACCGUCCGCCCCCCCUCAAGACGUAAAAUGCGUCAGCACCAGAUCCACGGCCAUUCUGGUAAGUUGGCGCCCGCCGCCCGCCGAGAGCCAAAACGGUGACCUAGCGGGCUACAGCGUGCGCUACCGAGCCCUGGACUCUGAGGACCCGCACCCCCGGGAGGUGAAGCAGAUCCCCCCCAGCACCACACAGAUCCUCCUGGAGUCCCUGGAGAAGUGGACUGAGUACCGCAUCACCGCGGUGGCCCACACGGCUGUGGGACCAGGGCCCGAGAGCUCGCCCAUCAUCAUCCGCACCGAUGAAGACGUGCCCAGUGCGCCCCCUCGGAAGGUGGAGGUGGAGGUGCUGAACUCCACAGCCAUCAAAGUGCUGUGGCGCUCGCCUGUGCCCAGCCGGCAGCACGGACAGAUCCGAGGCUACCAGGUCCACUACGUCCGCAUGGAGAAUGGCGAGGCCAAGGGACUGCCCCAGAUCAAAGACGUCAUGCUGGCCGAUGCCCAGUGGGAAACAGAUGAUACCGCAGAAUACGAGAUGGUCAUCGACAAGCUGCAGCCUGAGACCUCAUACUCUGUCACAGUGGCAGCGUAUACUAUGAAAGGGGAUGGUGCACGCAGCAAACCCAAGCUGGUGGUGACCAAGGGGACAGUCCUGGGCAAGCCCAGCCUCUCCAUACACCGGAGCCUGGACAACAGCUUGCAGGUGCGCUGGGAGCCAGCCCCGGGGUCCGAGGGCCAGGUCCUGGGCUACCGGCUGCAGUUUGGCCGGAAGGACGUGUCCCCCUUAGCCACCCUGGAGUUCCCGGCCUCAGAGGACCAAUACACAGCCACCAGCAUCCACAAGGGGGCCACGUACGUGUUCAGACUGGCUGCCAAGAGCCGGGCGGGCUUCGGGGAGGAGACGGCCCAGGAGCUCAGCAUCCCCGAGGACGUGCCGCAGGGCUACCCGCACAUCCUGGAGGCCGGCAAUGUGUCGGCCGCCUCAGUGCAGUUCCGCUGGCUGCCCCCCGUGCCGGCCGAGAGGAACGGGGCCAUCGUCAAGUACACCGUGGCCUUCCGAGAGGCCGGCUCGGCGGGGCCGCCCGUGGAGACGGAGCUUCCCGCGUCCCCGGAGAACUCGUUCACCCUGCAUGGCCUCAAGCCCAACACAGCCUAUGAUGUUAAAAUCCGGGCCCACACGAGCCAGGGCCCCGGGCCCUACAGCCCCACUGUCCGCUAUCGGACGUUCCUCCCAGACCAAGUCUCCCCCAAGAACUUCAAGGUGAAGAUGGUGAUGAAGACCUCGGUCUUGCUGAGCUGGGAGUUCCCCGAGAACUAUAAUUCCCACACCCCCUACAAGAUCCAGUACAACGGGCUCAACAUCGACGUGGAUGGCCGCACCACCAAGAAGCUCAUCACCAACCUCAAGCCAAGCACCUUCUACAACUUUGUGCUGACCAACCGCGGGAACAGCAUGGGCGGCCUGCAGCAGACCGUCACUGCCUGGACGGCCUUCAACAUGCUGAGCUCCAAACCUGCCAUCGCCCACAAGCCGGAGGCCGACGGCCGGGUGCUGGUGCAGCUCCCCGACGGCCAGAGCCCCGUGCCCGUCCAGAGCUACUUCAUUGUGGUGGUGCCCUUACGGAAGACUCGGGGGGGCCAGUUCCUGAAUCCCCCAGCAAGCCCUGAGGACAUGGACCUCGAAGAGCUGAUCCAGGACAUCUCACGGUUGCACCGGAGGAGCCUACGCCAUUCCCGCCAGCUGGACUCCCCCAAGCCCUACAUCGCUGCCCGCUUCUACUCCCUGCCCUCCCGCUUCGAACUGGGGGACCAGAGACAUUACAGCGGUUUUGACAACAAAGGCCUCGAAGCCGGCCAGAGAUACGUCUUCUUCGUCCUGGCGGUGCUGCAGAAGACAGAGCCCACCUUCGCGGCCAGCCCUUUCUCCGACCCCAUCCAGCUGGACAAUCCUGACCCGCAGCCCAUCAUCGAUGGGGAGGAGGGCCUCAUCUGGGUCAUCGGGCCCGUUCUGGCCGUAGUCUUCAUCAUCUGCAUCGUCAUCGCCAUCCUGCUCUAUAAGAACAAACCCGAUAGACAAGGGGAGCGCUCCGGGGGGAACAGCCGGGAGGGGGGUGGAUGUGGUCUGCUGCCCCCUGCCGACUGGCCCUCCCAUCCCAAGGACCCGGUGGAGAUGAGACGCAUCAACUUCCAGACACCAGGUAUGCUCAGCCACCCGCCAAUCCCUAUCACCGAGAUGGCUGAGCACACUGAGCACCUCAAAGCAAACGACAACCUGAAGUUAUCUCAGGAGUAUGAGUCUAUUGACCCUGGACAGCAGUUCACAUGGGAACAUUCUAACUUGGAGGUGAAUAAACCGAAGAAUCGUUACGCCAAUGUCAUAGCCUACGACCACUCGCGGGUCAUCCUUCUUCCCAUGGAAGGCAUCGUGGGCAGCGAUUACAUCAACGCCAACUACAUAGACGGCUACCGAAAGCAAAAUGCGUACAUCGCCACGCAGGGGCCGCUGCCCGAGACCUUCGGCGACUUCUGGCGCAUGGUGUGGGAGCAGCGCUCAGCCACCGUCGUCAUGAUGACCAAGCUGGAGGAGAAGUCACGGAUCAAAUGUGACCAGUACUGGCCUGGCCGGGGCACCGAGACCUACGGGGUGAUCCAGGUCACGCUGCUGGACACAAUCGAGCUGGCCACGUUCUGCGUCCGGACCUUCUCCCUGCACAAGAACGGCUCCAGCGAGAAGCGGGAAGUGCGCCAGUUCCAGUUCACAGCGUGGCCGGAUCACGGCGUCCCUGAGUACCCGACGCCCUUCCUGGCUUUCUUGAGAAGGGUGAAGACCUGCAACCCUCCAGAUGCGGGCCCCAUUGUGGUGCACUGCAGCGCGGGCGUGGGCCGGACGGGCUGCUUCAUCGUGAUAGACGCCAUGCUGGAGCGCAUCAAGCCCGAGAAGACUGUGGACAUCUAUGGGCACGUGACCCUCAUGCGCUCACAGCGAAACUACAUGGUCCAGACCGAGGACCAGUACAGCUUCAUCCACGAUGCCCUUCUGGAGGCCGUUGCCUGUGGCAACACUGAGGUGCCCGCCCGCAACCUCUACUCUUACAUCCAGAAGCUGGCCCAGGUGGAGACGGGCGAGCACGUCACGGGCAUGGAGCUGGAGUUCAAGAGGCUCGCCAACUCCAAAGCCCACACCUCGCGCUUCAUCAACCUUCCCUGCAACAAGUUCAAGAACCGCCUGGUGAACAUCAUGCCCUAUGAGAGCACGCGCGUCUGCCUGCAGCCCAUCCGCGGCGUGGAGGGCUCCGAUUAUAUCAAUGCCAGCUUCAUUGACGGCUACCGGCAGCAGAAGGCCUACAUCGCCACGCAGGGGCCGCUGGCCGAGACCACCGAGGACUUCUGGCGAAUGCUGUGGGAGAACAACUCCACCAUUGUGGUGAUGCUAACCAAGCUGCGCGAGAUGGGCCGGGAGAAGUGUCACCAGUACUGGCCGGCAGAACGGUCGGCUCGCUACCAGUACUUUGUGGUGGACCCCAUGGCCGAGUACAACAUGCCCCAGUACAUCCUGCGCGAGUUCAAGGUCACUGACGCCCGGGACGGCCAGUCCCGGACGGUCCGCCAGUUCCAGUUCACAGACUGGCCAGAACAAGGCGUGCCAAAGUCGGGCGAGGGCUUCAUCGACUUCAUUGGCCAAGUGCACAAAACCAAGGAGCAGUUUGGCCAGGACGGGCCCAUCUCUGUCCACUGCAGCGCUGGCGUGGGCAGGACUGGGGUCUUCAUCACGCUCAGCAUCGUGCUGGAGAGGAUGCGCUACGAGGGAGUGGUGGACAUUUUCCAGACCGUGAAGAUGCUGCGGACACAGCGGCCGGCCAUGGUGCAGACAGAGGACGAGUACCAGUUCUGCUACCAGGCCGCUCUGGAGUACCUUGGAAGCUUCGACCACUAUGCAACAUAAAAAGCCAUCCCUCCCCCCUGCCGGCUCCACAGACCCCGGACGUCACAGACGCUCCUCCUUCCUCCCAGUGGAAGGGGCCUCGGACCCAUCACCACAAACCGAACCCAACAAGUACCUUUUCAUUUGGAGGCCGCAGCAGGGAGCGUGGGGGAGGGGUGGGCCGGGGCUGCCCUGUGGGACCUCACUUUGGGCCGCCACGGCAUGAACUCGAGGAACAUGAGCCAGGGCUGGUCUGCGCAGGGGGUUCGAUACCUCAAGUUGGCUCUGGCCCCCAGGUCACCUUGCCCCUCCCCAGCCCCCCACUCUGGGGAAGGGCAUAGUUGCUUGGGUCCCAUCCUUAAGAGUUUGGUUUCUUUGUUAAUCCAGUUGGCCAUUUUUAGGGGAAGCCACCCCCCCACACCUCCCACUCCCCACCAUCCACACACACAGAGCCCCCAGCCGCAGCCCUGAGCCAAUGACCGCAGUGAGGAGACACCUCCAGUGCCCGGUGCUGGGGGAGGGACAGAGAGUCACCGGAUGGUCUCUGCCCAGAAUGGGGAAGGAAGGCUGCCCAAGGGUCCCCCCAACCAGGACCCAGUUGGGGGGCCAAGGGCUCCUUGGGGUGCUGGGGCCAGAUCACCUUUUGAAUACUUGGAACAUUCCUUAUUUCUUUUUUGAUUCCAAAAAAUGUUACUUCUGCAAAGAUGGAGAAAAAGACAAAGGGGGAUGGCGCAGCUGAGCAACUGACUUUCUUGCCUGUUGGAUUUUGGGGAGGGGGAUGGGGGGCCAGGCUCGUUGGGCCCACCCCUCCCCAUAUCUGGCAAACCCUCUCCUCCCCGCCCCCACCGCGGGCUCAGGGGAGAGCUGGCCACAGACUCACGGCUUCAGACUGGAAGGAACCUUGGGACCCAGCCUUUGCAGGCGAGGAAACGGAGGGUGGGCCGCCCUGUCUUAGCCAGGUUCGGGUCUGAGCCCCGAAGUCUGCGCAGGCCCCCCCACGCCGCUCUGCUCCCCCUGGGGCCGCCAGGAGGCCUCAGAAUGCCGGCCCUCGGCCUCCGGCCCACCGGAAAGAGCGGAGCCUCAGCCCUGCGCUGUGAGCGGCUUUCUUCAAAGUAUCGAUGUAACUGUAACCAGUGACAUUACCGUUUUUUUUUAAAUAGUGUAUUUUUUCCUUUUU